AUGACAUCCACCCUGUCAUAUUAUGCCCACCCAUAUGCGCAGCAGAUUGCCCUCCAUGCGUUGAAGCGGAUUAACGGUGCACGGCUAAAGUUUAUUCUUCAAUACAAAGAACCGCCAGAGGAGAUCCAGGUUGGGGAGACCGGAUCCGAGAAGUCCGACUCGACUGUGGUGCUCCGCGUUCGCAGCCCCAACGUGUGGAUGAGAAUAUGCUCAUGUUUCGACCUAGGCUUUGCAGAGGCCUAUAUGUUCCAAGAAGUCGACUGCGAUGACCUCGGUCGAAUAUUCGACAUCUACAUCAAGAACAAAAACCGCAUUGGUUCAGGGAAUCCACUACUCCAACUUCUCCCCCGAGUCGCAUGGCUCCUCCAACCAACCAACAGCAUCCAAGAAGCGCGCCAAAAUAUCUCCUCCCACUACGACACCUCCAACGAGCUCUUCAGCGCCUUCCUCUCGCCGGAUCUGAACUACUCCUGCGCGCACUGGUCCGGCGAUCCCGCAGAGCCCCUCGAGUCUGCUCAGGACCGCAAAGUCCGCAACCUCCUAUCAAAAGCACAGCUUUCGUCAUCACACCACGUCCUAGACAUCGGCUGCGGCUGGGGCGAUCUGAGUAUCAAAGCGGCGCAGAUCUACGGGUGUCGCGUAACAGGCCUAACCCUGUCAGAGAGACAGAAGAGUCUCGCUGAGGAGCGGAUCAAGGCAGCGGGGCUACAGGAUCGGGUAAGUAUCCUUCUUUGCGACUACCGGAAGGCGUCUGCGCCAGAGCAGGGUGGGUUCUAUGACCGCGUUAUCUCGGUGGGAAUGUUCGAGCAUGUUGGGCCGGAAUACCUGGAUGAGUACUUUGAGACUAUCUCUAAGCUUCUGCAUCCUACCCAUGGAGUGAUGGUGAUUGAUGGGAUUACUAUGACCAACAAGCUACGCGAGACGAAAUCCAAAAUCCCAACAUUCAUCGGCCGCUACGUCUUCCCAGGCGGCUACUUACCAACAAUCCACAUGCUCUUCGACGCGCUCCACCAGGGCUCAGGUGGAAGUCUAGAAGUAACAUCUGCCCUGAACAUCGGCCCCCAUUACGGCAAAACCCUCUUGGCCUGGCAGGACAAUUUCCUGCACAACUGGGCCAAGAUUGAAUCGGACUACCGGGCCGCACGCCCGGGGGUGGCAGAUGCCGAAGUCGAGGCGUUUCGCCGGCAAUGGCUUUACUACUUUCGGUACUGCGAUGCGGCGUUUCGUACGAGGUUGUUGGGGAAUUACGUUAUUGUUGCGGCGAGGACGCCGGAGCAGAUGGUUGAGGUGGAUGCGGGUAAUACUUCUGCGGAUGCGAUGUUUGAGGAGAAAGUGAUCGGCGAUGGUAUAGCAUACUAA